AUGCGCUCGCUGGGCGCCUCCGAAAAGCGGAGUGUGGUGCGGGUGCCUGUCGAGGUGUGGGAGCGGAUAUUCCGCCUGCUCGAUGCCGAAGAUAUUGUGCGCGUGCGCAGUGCGAUGCGCACGAUGUACUAUGCCGGCACGUCGCUUUCGCUGUGGCGACAGCUGUGUGCCCGCCGCGAAAAAGAGGCGCCGCUGCCUGCGAUGCCGGGCCAUGUGCACCCCCGCAGUCUGCUGGCGAGCACGUCACAGGUCACUGCGUCGCUUGCGCACUCGCUCGAGCGCGUCGUGGUGCACGCCGAGCGCCUGCAGCGCCGCUGGGACAGUGACGGCGCGAUGCCGACGCGCGUCAUCCGGUUCCGCGCGCACGUCAACCGCAUCACCUCGCUCAAGCUCGUGGUGGGCGACACGCGCAUAUCCGCGCGCACCGGGCGCGUCCAGACCGAGUACUGGCUCGUGACUGGCUCCGUGGACGGCUUUGUGCGGGUGUGGGACGUGAACAAAGCGCUGCGGCAAGGCGGCCGCCUGGAUGUGACGCACGACUUCCACGUCGACCACGAAGAGGCGAUCGACGAUACGAGCACCUGUGACGAGGACGAGCGCCGGCGUACGUCGACCGACGGCUCGCUUUCCGACGAUCCCACGAACGAGAUCAAGCGCAAUGCACGCGCCUUUCUCCUCGCCGAGGUCGACACGCAGGGCGACAUUACCUCGCUCGACGCACAGCUGCACCCCGACCGCCGUGCACUGAUGAUCGCCGUGGGCUCCUACUACUCGGCCGCCGGCUGCCUCUUGUACGACCUGCACCUUCGCACGAUGCCGCAUGUGAUGGACCUACGCGCCUCGCUCGACCCACCGCAGUGGAGCGGGACGCAGUGCGUAUCGCUGCUCGGCGAUGCUGUCGCCGUCGGCACCUACCUCGGAAGCAUCCACGUCCUCGACACGCGCAGCGGCGAGCGCACCGUGCUGGAGCGCACCGAGCGAGGCAGCAUUGCCGCACUGCAGCUCUUUCCGAAGCAUGUGCUCGCCGUGACGCGCGUCGGCCUGCUCGAGGUGUACGCAAGAGACGUGCCGGCGCCCACGCCCGCCGUGCCGCUCGUCUCGCAGACGCUUGCGCAGCGUGCGCUGCUCAGCGUCGCGAUCAGCGCGCCACAGCCGUCGCAGUGCGGCAACCUCGCGCGCGUCGCCGACUGGGGCGACGACGCGCCGCGCCCUCCCCUCUCGGUGCUGGUCGUGGACCAGGCGGGGCUCACGCACUUUGUGAUGGAUCCCAGCCCCGGCGCCGCCUUUCCUUAUAGCAUGCCGCGCGUCCAUGCGCGCAUUCCUGUCCCCGGCGAGCGCCUGAUUGGCGCGUCGCUCGGCGCGUCGGGCCACCGUGCGAUCCUCGCGUCGAGUCUCGGCGGCCUCCCCCCCGUGUGCGCGAUGCGGAGCUAUACCGCGACGCGCCCCGAGGCGAGCCGGCUGCGCCCCCUGCGCCCCACCCCCGAUACCCAGGUGCCGACCGAGAGCGGCGAGGCACGCCUGUCGCGCUCCCCCUCGUUCACGGCACCCCGCGUCGAGGAGCGCAGCGAGCGGCGGCGUACGCACCGCGUCGACUCCUUCUCCUCGACGGCGAGCACGAACUCCACAGCCCCCAGCCCCUCGAGCCGGAUCGACAUGCUCACCGAGUCGGUCCUCGACGAGGCGCACGGUCUCGUGUGCCUUGCGAGUGUGCGCGGCGCGGUGUGGAUCGCCGAUUACGGUGCGAGUUUGUAG